AUGGCCAAGGAUAUAUCAAUAACCCCAGCCUCGUCUCAGCCGACUAAGGCUGCCCCUACGAGUCCCUACUAUGGGAUGUAUGGUCACUACUGGAAGUCAAACAGGGAUGUGUCACCCGGCAAAUGGAUCCAGGAGAGCAAGAAGCUCUGUGCUUGUGAUGAACACCAGGCAAGCCAAUGGCCGAUGGAAUACGCGGUCAUUACGAUUCCUCCAUGCGCCUACAAGUGUCCCUACUGCUCAAAGUUCGAUAACCUCGAGACCACCAACCCUCAGGUAGUGAAGCUCCGUGCUCAUAUCAAAAAGGAUCAUCUGAAGAAAAAGCCGGAUGACUUCGCUGGGCUCUCUGUUACCCCGGGCAGAAUGACAAAGCCCCGCGCGCCGUGA